AUGAUGCCCGGUUACUCUUCAAGCGGCACUGCUAUCGAGUAUCCCUCACCUGCCUCCCGCCGACCUUCGCUAUGUCCGUCAGAGGGUGGCAGGAGAGACAGCUCGAUUGGCUUUGUGUCUGCUAUGGAGAGCAAAGGGCAGUGGUCAUCAAUAGGCAGUGAAUCAAAAAGCCCACUUGCGCAGUUUGGUUUCUUUAAUAACUUGACUGAAAAGAAGACCACACGAGAUGGACAAACUCCCAAGAGAAGAGGUCCCAAGCCGGACAGCAAACCGGCUUUGACUCGACGACAAGAGCUCAAUCGACAGGCACAAAGAACACAUCGCGAGAGAAAAGAGAUGUACAUCAAAGCCCUCGAGCAAGAAGUUCUUCGCCUGAAAGAGACGUUCGGUACUACGAGUCGAGAACGAGACCACUAUGCCGAAGAGAACCGUCGACUGAAGGAAUUGCUCAUGGCUCAUGGUAUCGCCUUCGACACCCUUGCGAGUCCCCCUAAUGGCCUUCCAAACGUGGGAAGCUCGACAUACAGCUCCAGCGGCAGUGCAUCUGGAUACGGGCCCGGAUCAGCAUCCACUGGCUAUACCUCCCCGCCGAGCGUUCAUCACCGAAACGGAUCGAUCUCGCACGACAUGAUGAUGCCACAGUCGAUGCACUCGCAGGCUAUGCAACCGAGCCCACAAGUCAGCGGACUGGACUACGACCAGAUUGGUGUUGACUUCGUUUUAACUCUCGAGCGCCCUUGCAUGGAUCAUAUGCAGUUUCUCAUGGUACGUGCCCACGAUGCUGAAGAAACGAUUAGUGGCCAUGCACUCAUGGCGACCGCGCCGCCCGACUCGCACAUCGCGAAUUGCCCAGAGGAGAAGUACCCUCACCAGAUGCCGGAUGUUGCGAUGCCGGACCUGAUGAAGCUGCUCGACCUUAGCGCCAGGCUGCCCCUCGAUGGCGAGAUCACGCCCAUCAUGGCUUGGGUGAUGAUACUGAAGGACCAGAACUUCCAGACGCUCACAAAGGAGGAGAUCGGCGCUAUCAAGGGGGAGCUGCUCGCCAAAGUGCGCUGCUAUGGCUUUGGCGCCGUCCUCGAGGAGUUCGAAGUGCGCGAUGCGCUGACGAAUGCUCUUGCUGGAAAGACGACGAACGGAAGCUACAUGAUUGGCGCGUAG